UCACACAAAUUUCUAGCUGACCUAGUUCUAUCUCAGAAUAUUUGAGUAUGCAAAUUAUUUAUUCUAGAACCUAAUGCAUGCUUCCUGAUGCAGGUUGAACCAGAUUUACCAGCUUUUCUUGCAGUGUUUCUUGUACAUUCCCUGAUGCCACUGGAAGAGGUUUUCUUAAACGUUAGGGAUAAUGUUCAAACUGUAUGGGUCCCCAAGACUAAAACAAAACAAGCUGAAAGAUGGGGACAAUUAGCAACUAUGAUCGUGUAAAAGAGCUGAAGGAUUUUGAUGAAACAAAGAUGGGGGUGAAAGGGGUAGUAGAUUCAGGUGUGGAAACUGUUCCUAAAAUAUUCAUUCGACCGUCUGACGAGCUUUUAGAAGAACUGAAGACUCCCUGUGUCAAUCUCCAAGUCCCGGUGAUAAAUUUCGAAGGAAUAGGUGAGAAGGAUCGUUACAAUGAGGUCGUUAAAGAAGUCCUAGAUGCAUCAGAGAAAUGGGGAUUCUUUCAAGUGGUGAAUCAUGGAAUACCUUUGAAAGUGUUGGAUAACAUGUUGCAGGGAAAUCAGAUGUUUCAUGAGCAGGAUGCUGACAUAAAGAAGAAGUUCUAUACUCGUGAUAUGGCGAAACAAGUUUUGUAUCAGUCUAAUUAUGACCUCUAUACUUCUAAGGCUGCUAAUUGGAGGGAUACUUUAGUAGUUGAUACCUCCAAUUCUGGUCCUCUUGAUCCUACAGAGUUACCAGAAAUCUGCAGGGAUGCGAUGUUGGAGUACGUUGACCAUGUACUGAAGCUAAGUGAUCUUCUACUAGAAUUAUUAUCUUUGGGUCUUGGACUGAAGCCGGAUUAUCUGAAAGAAAUGGAAUGUAGCAAGGGAUGGACUUUAAUAAACCACUACUACCCGGCUUGUCCUGCUCCGGAACUGACAUUAGGAUCAAGCAAACACGCCGACCCAACAUUUCUCACUGUACUUCUGCAAGACCAGAUUGGUGGUCUUCAAGUCAUCCAUAAAAAUCAAUGGGUUGACGUUCAGCCAAUUCCGGGAGCCCUUGUUGUAAAUAUUGGGGAAAUUCUUCAGAUCAUGUCUAAUCACAAGCUUAAGAGUGUUUAUCAUAGAGUGACUUCUAAUAAAGUUGGGCCAAGAAUUUCAUCAGCAUUUUUUCUCAAAGGUGCCUUAUCAUCUCCAAAGUUAUAUGGAUCGAUCAAAGAAUUAUCAGAAGAAAAUCCAGUUAUGUAUAGAGAAUUCACCCUUGGUGAAUUUAAUGCAAAUUUCUUCUCACGACCUCUUGAUGAGUCUGGAUUUGAAUACUUGAAGGUGUCGAAUCAUGGAGAUGGCAAGCUGAAAGAAAUACUCGAGGUUUGAGGUGGUGGAGUUGGGACAUCGCUCCAAAGUGGUGAAACUGUGAAAGAUCCAAAUGAUGUGUGUUUUUCUUGAAUCUUUUAGUGAUUGUUGCUUAAGUGAUGUCUAGUUGAUUCCAUUUUAACUGGGUACCUAAUUUACUGUGUAUAACAUUUUUUUUUGAGAAAUAAAGGACUAAAAGAAAAGUGAUUUAUCCUGCUAAA